AUGGCAUCUUACGAGGCACUAUAUGGUGUACUCCCUUAUGUUGGACUGAGUUGGGCGAGCGACGUGUUCUGGAGAUGCGAGAUUGAGUUUUCGGUGGGGGAUUUCAUGUUUCCCAAGGUCUCGCCAUGGAAGAAGAUUCUGAGGUUCGGUCGCAAGGGUAAGCUAAGUCCUAGUUUUAUUGGGUUGUAUUGUAUUCUGAGGCGAGUGGGUCUGGUCGCUUAUCAGUUGGAGUUACCUCCAGAGCUAAAUUGCGUUCAUGAUGUUUUUCACAUCUCGAUAUUGAGACACUACCGUUCUGAUCCCACACACAUUGUUCAUGUGGAAGAGAUUGAGGUUAAGCCAAAUCUAACAUUUGAGGAGGAGCCGAUUCAGAUUUUAGAUCGUGACAUUAAGGUUCUACGAAGAAAAUCUAUUCCCAUAGUGAAGGUGAUGUGGCAGAAUCAUAGCACUGAGGAGGCCACUUGGGAGCCGGAGGAGUUGGUGCAUCAGCAGUACCCUCACCUUUUCUGA